AUGAAAACUGGGGUAUGCAAGUUUGGUUAUAGCUGCAAAUUUAACCAUCCUAUUGAUCGUACUAAACCCAAAGCACCAGCCCCUGAAUCUCAGCAGGAAGAUGUGAAGCUCACUCUUGCAGGCCUCCCUAGAAGAGAGGGUGCUAUACACUGCCCUUAUUACAUGAAGACUGGGACGUGCAAAUUCGGAGCCACAUGCAAGUUUGACCACCCACCCCCAGGUGAGGGGGCAGCAUCGUCUGCUAUGGAUGAUGGAAAAGAGGAUGGAUCUGGUUAA